AAAUGAACUCGCGUUUUUUUAUCAGAGCUAUUAAUCUUACUUGUUCCUGCGAUCAUGUGUGAACCUGGUGAGCAGGUUCUAUCAGAUGUUCAUGUAGAUGUACCAAUCUCGUCUAAGCUCUCAAACAAAGGGAAAGCCACUACACGGUUUUACUUCAGAAUUCCUGUAGAGUGUUCAGAUAGAGUAGAUCGAUCUUCUCUUUCUGCAAGUCCUUUGACAGCUGAAGAUCACAACCUGAAGUUUGAGCAACCUUCAUCAGUUAAAGAUGGUACAUCGAUUACCGAAGCAACUUUAGACGAAGAUGGAGAUCUGGUGGUUCUGAGGAAGGACAGAAGACAGCAAAUAGUUGUCAUUGAACAUGCCAUGGCAACCACAAUAAAUGAAGUUGGAUUACAGGUGUGGCAAGGGUGCUUACUUCUCUGUGAUUUCAUGUUGAGUAAUCAAGCGAUAUUCCGAGGUCAGGUUGCCCUAGAGCUUGGUGCGGGGGUCGGUCUCGGAAGCAUCGUCAUGGCAACAAUGGCAUCAACUGUUUUCUGCACAGAUAUUGGUCUGGACGUCUUGAAGUUAUGCCAGAGGAACGUAACAAACAAUUGCAAGUUUUCCAUGAACAAUGACCCACAGGAGGAUCAUGAUGUUAAAGUUAGAGAGUUAGACUGGUUUCAGUUCUCUAACACUACCAUGACAAAUUGUUCCAGUGUAUUUCAGUGGGGCGAGGAAGACAAGGUUCUUCUCCAAGAAGUUAUGGUCAUAAUUGCUGCUGACGUUAUAUAUGAUGAUGAAUUGACCGAUGCAUUCUUCAAUACACUUCAUCACCUCAUGACUACUGGAAAGGAGAAGAUGGCAUUCAUUGCAAUAGAGAAAAGAUUCAACUUCACUGUGGAUGACCUGAAGGUGACCUGUAAAGCCUAUGACCACUUCCUCAAGCACAUCACUAGGCUAGUCUCCUCUCCAGCAGUCAAAGUGAAAUACUAUGCUGAGAAACUACGUACAGACUUCAUGGAGUGUUCUCAAUACACAAGGACUAAACAGAUGGAACUGUGGGAGAUUAGAGCAGUGAGGAGUGGAUUGGACCCAGACUGAACUUAUGUGCAAGAGUCUCAGAAACUGCAUACUUUACAUCAGAAGCUCAGGAUAUGGAAUGGAUGCAGGUCGGCAUCGAGGGAAAGGAUUAGUGACACUGUGAGGCUCAUCAACAAAGUUGAUACACCCCUCUGAAGUUUCCAAUAUUAUUUCACAAUUAUAUGUGUUAAGUAAGCACGGAAUACUCCACAUGAUAAAAGGAAUCACAGAUAUUAGUUACCUGAAUGGGAUUUGAAUCUACGACCAUUGCGGACUUUUUGUCUGCCUGGUGAAACAAAAUUGUCUCUGGUUUCUUUUGAUAGCCAUAGACCUGAUCUCCUUCUCUAGUUCUGAGGAUACUGGUCAAAGAAGCUUCUUAAAAUCUUUAACUCCAGGGUUACCAAAAGGUGGAAAUGCCAUGAUAGUUUCAGACCUUUUUGUCAGCAACAAGUCUCACCCCUGUUCAGAUUUUAUGAGACUCAAUGCUGCAAAUUGGUGGUAAAUUAUUUAUAAAAUGUGAAAUAAAAAGAUCUGUACUUGACUUCCAAUGCUUAAGGUCAAUAUGUUUGAGUUCACAUAUAUAGUUAUCAAAUACAUUGCUCCGUAGCAUGGAAAGCCAUAUGAUUUAAGGUUUACAACAAAAACAGUUAUACUAUCUGGUUGAACCCUUACACCGGAAUGUGUAAGCACUGUAUUUUCAGGACUUUCCCUGAGUUCUGUGGAAACAAUCUCAGGAAUAUUUUUUGAGUCAGAUAGUUUUAUUUAAAACAAAGCAAAUUUUUUUUUUUUUUAAUAAUGAAAAAUCAUCAAGUAUUUAAAGACACUG